UUUUUUUUUUCAUUCAUUCCCUCUUUCCAUUCCUCUUUUCAUUCCACUCCUUCACAACCCAUACACACUCACACAUCCACAGCUAUGCAGCACAGCCAGCCGGACGAACACACGGUCGCCGACAACAGCCUCAUCGACAACAGCAGCGAUAGCAACGAGCCCUCCUCCUCCUCGGCCGAAAAGAAGACGUUGAAGCUGACAGAUAUGCCCCCAGAGGUGCUCAUGGAAAUCGGCUUGGCAUUGCCCUGCCGAGAGUUUAGUCGCUUCCUCCAGACCAACCGAACCAUCCAUGACACCCUCGACACACACUACCUCUGGCACCAGCGAUUCACCUUCCGCUUUGGUCAAGCCAUCCUUGAAUCCAAAUUACAGAGUCGUAUCCGCAACCGUCUUAUCUCCGCUGCAGGCUCCGGUACUUCUUCGAGAGCUUCGUCCACGCCGUCCUCGCCAAGGUUCCCUCCGGUUACCAUCGCCGGUACUGGAAGCCCAAGUACGGGCAGUUCGCAUAUGAUGGACACGGCAUUGGCACCGGGUUUCUUGGCAGAUCAGUACCAUAACCAUCAAGACCCUGUCUCGGUGUCGUCGUCGACCCAGCCCUCGUCAGUCGCAUCGCCGUCGCCGUCGCUGUCGCCGUCGCCUGGAUCAGUGGGAGAGGGAGACAGUGAGGACAAUGAUGGUCAUGGAGAUGAGCUAGUGAUUGCCAAGACUGAGACCAAGACUGAGGCCAAGACUGAGGCCAAGACUGAGGCCAAGACUGAGGCCAAGGACAAAGCGCGACUGACGUUGCCAGCGGAGGAUAUGCAGAUCUGUCAUAUGGGCGACCGGUACUGGAAGAUGAUUGAAAGCAAACAAAGUCCGUUUGGCAAACUAGCGGAGCUCAAGUCGGUGUGGUGGAUGGACGUGAUAGCUACUUUUUAUGGUGUUCCCCCUGGACGUUACAAGGUCCUUUGGAGGAUCAUGGCUACGAGCGAGGCACCCAUCAUCAAUUCGGAAUUCAAAGUCAUUCCUUUUGGCAUACAUGAGUAGUAGGAGAGCGGCCGGAUGCGUUGUUGUUCAAGCCAAGGACUAUGCAGGAGUUUAUGGAGAAAACAGAUUCGCAAGUAGCCCAGGCACAUCGAAAGCCGUUCCGCAAACUGUUCAAAAAUGAUUUCAGGAUCCUUGAACUGCCUGGAGAGUUAAUUAUUGAGGAUAAUUCCCAGAACGUCUUUGUUCAGAUUCGCAACUAUGAAGGAUGGAAGUCGGGAUUGUUUAUCGACUAU